GCAAGCCUCACUCUGACGGCACACACACAGCAGUCGUGACAUAGUUUGCAGGCAACAAGUUGUGUGUCUCUCUGUGGGUGUGUGUAAGUGAGACGUUGCUUCUUUUGCAAACACAGCCUGUGCCGUGGAGCCACAUUCAUCCCUUCGUUACAUCUCCUCUCUUCAUCCAUUCAUCUCUUCCCCCCCCUUCUCCUCCUCCUCCCUUCCCUGCAUCUCUCUCGCGCUCUCAGCCUGCCCUCCCUACUACCAUUACUCAUUGCCGGCAACAACGUGCGCGCGAGAGAGACCGGGAAGUGAGUAAGAGUGCUUGCACAUUCUCAGGGGCGGGCGUGCGUUAAAGUAGGUGCACGAAGGGGCUUUGACGCACCGAAGUCGAGCAAGGAGGCGAACGUUGGAUUUGACAAGAGGACUAUGGCGGAGCAAGAGGAUUUGGAGUUUGGCAAGGCAGACUUUGUGCUGCUGGAUAACAUCACCACGGAAGACUUCUUGGCCAACAUGAAGCUCAGGUUCGAGAAGGGGCGCAUCUACACGUACAUCGGCGAGGUGGUGGUGUCCGUGAACCCGUACAAGCAGCUCAACAUCUACGGCCCCCAGGUGGUGGAGAGCUACAAGGGGCGCGAGCUGUACGAGCGGCCGCCCCACCUCUACGCGAUCGCCGACGCCGCCUACAAGGCCAUGAAACGGCGCAGCAAGGACACCUGCAUCGUCAUCUCGGGAGAGAGCGGGGCGGGGAAGACGGAGGCCAGCAAGCUCAUCAUGCAGUACAUCGCCGCCAUCACCAACCCCAGCCAGAGGCAGGAGGUCGAGAGGGUUAAGAAUAUCCUGCUCAAGUCGAACUGCGUGCUGGAAGCUUUCGGCAACGCCAAGACGAACCGCAACGACAACUCGAGCCGCUUCGGCAAGUACAUGGAUAUCAACUUCGACUUCAAGGGCGACCCGGUGGGAGGGCACAUCAACAACUACCUGCUGGAGAAGUCCCGGGUGAUCUUCCAGCAGUCGGGGGAGCGCAACUUCCACUCCUUUUACCAGAUGUUGCAGGGAGGUCAGGACCAGCUGCUCAAGUCGAUGCGCUUACAGAGAGACAUCUCACGAUACGAAUACCUCCGCCAAGGCAACACGGGCAAGGAGCCCGGAAUCAACGACAGCGGGGAGUUUAAGAACGUGGCGGAAGCGAUGAAGGUGAUCGGGUUCCAGGCGGACGAGGUGCAGACCGUUUACCGCAUCCUCGCCUGCAUCCUGCAUCUGGGAGACAUCAAGUUUGGGUUCGAGGAGGAGGCGGUGGUGAUCACGGACGACCGGAUCGUGGCGGUGCUCGGCGAGCUGCUAUCGACCAGCGCCGAGGCGGUGGAGAAGGCGCUUCUGUACCGCACCGUCUCCACCAACAGGGAAGUCAUCGACAAGGGGCACUCCGUGCAGGAGGCCGGCUACGGACGAGACGCCCUUGCCAAGGCAAUCUACGAGCGUCUCUUCUGCUGGAUCGUGAGCAAAAUCAACUCGGUCAUCGAGGUGAAGGACUACGACCCCCGCGUGCACGGCAAGAACACCGUCAUCGGCGUGCUCGACAUCUACGGCUUCGAGAUCUUCGACAACAACAGCUUUGAGCAGUUCUGCAUCAACUACUGCAACGAGAAGCUGCAGCAGCUGUUCAUCGAGCUGGUGCUGAAGCAGGAGCAGGAGGAGUACCGCAACGAGGGCAUCACCUGGCACGACAUCGACUACUUCAACAACAAGGUGAUCUGUGACCUGGUGGAGCAGCAGCACAAGGGCAUCAUCUCCAUCCUGGACGAGGCCUGCAUGAACGUGGGACGCGUCACAGACACCAUGUUCCUGGACACCAUGGACACCAAGCUGGGCCGCCACGACCACUACACUAGUCGCAAGUUCGCAGCGAAGGACAAGACAAUGGACUUUGGCCGCCAUUUCCGCAUCCGGCACUACGCGGGUGACGUCACGUAUUCCGUGGAUGGGUUCAUCGACAAAAACAAAGACACGCUCUUCCAGGACUUCAAGCGCCUCAUGUACAACAGCACCAACCACGUGCUGAAGGAGAUGUGGCCCGAGGGGAAGCUCAGCAUCACGGAGGUGACCAAGCGCCCGCUGACCGCCGCCACUCUCUUCAAGAACUCCAUGAUCGCCCUGGUGGAGAAGCUCGCCAGCAAGGAGCCGUACUACGUGCGCUGCGUGAAGCCCAAUGAAAUCAAGUCCCCGGUUCAGUUCAACCAGGAGCGGUGCAAGCACCAGGUGGGCUACCUGGGCCUGCUGGAGAACGUGAGGGUGAGGCGCGCCGGCUUCGCCAACCGGCAGCUCUACCCACGCUUCGUGCAGAGGUACAAGAUGACGUGCGCCUUCACCUGGCCCAACCACAUGCUGCCGUCGGACCGCGACGCGGCGGAGAAGAUCGUGGAGCAGCACGGCAUGCAGAAGGACGUGGCCUACGGGCGCACCAAGAUCUUCAUCCGCACGCCGCGGUCACUCUUCAUGCUGGAGGAGGCGCGCACCGCCAUGAUCCCGCGCCUCGUCAUCUUCCUGCAGAAGCUGUGGCGCGGCGCCCUGGCCCGCCGGCGGUACACGCGCACGAUCGCCGUGUACCGCAUCAUGGCGGCGUACCGGCGCUACAAGGUGCGCUCGUACGUCCUGAAGCUCACCAACGCCUUCCAGGGCGUGCAGAAAUCCCGCGAACUCGGCAAGGGCGUGAGGUGGCCCCCGGCCCCCGUCGUGCUGCAGACCUUCGAGCAAUACGUCCGUCUCAUCUUUCGACGAUGGAGAGCCAAGAAGAUCCUGGCGGUCGUGCCCCCCGCUGACCUUCCACAGCUGCAGGCGAAGGUGGCGGCCAGCGACGCGCUGGGAAGCAAACGGCGGAACUGGGGCCUCCAGGAUCGCUGGGAGGGCAACUACCUGGCCUCGAUGAAGGAGAACAACACGAGGAUGACAUACUUCACCUCCGCGGCUAACGAGCUCAAGCGCAAGGACAAGUACACUCGUACGCUGUUCUCCUGCCACGUGCGCAAGGUGAACAGGUUUAACAAGUGCGCCAGCAGAGGCCUCCUCAUCACCGACCGCCACCUCUACAAGCUGGAGCCACUCAAGAACUACAAGUCUAUGAAAAGUGUCCCGCUCACCAAUGUGACUGGGAUGAGCGUCUCCUCAGGCCGGGACCAGUUGGUCAUCUUCCACGUGAAGGGCUCCGACGACUUCGUCGUGUGCCUCAACCAGCCGUCGGAACGCGUGGGAGAGCUCGUGGGCACGCUGGCACACCACUUCAAGACGGAGAAGCGCCCGUUCCAGGUGAACGUCUUCGACGCCGCAGCAUGCACCAUGGGAGGCAAGCGGAGGACGAUCGCGCUGGAGACGUCGCCCGGGCAAGACCAGCCCGAGUUCCGCAAAAACGGCACAGGCCUUGUACUCCUGUGGGCCGGCUAGGCACCGCGGUGGCACAUGCGGUGGUGGGGAAGGCUGGCGAGCGGGCGGGUGGUGGUUUUUACGUGACGCUGCAUCCGAGCAGCGGGAGAGGAUUUUGAUCGAACCAUUCCAUUACUGUCGACAGCGCGGGAAAUCAAUGGGCAACAACUGGAAGGGAAACCGUUUAGGAUUAGGGAUCGAUAGUUCUCAACUCUAGGCCUUGCUAUACAAUUCAUUCCAUGGCCCUUCUGGUAUGCCAGUCUUUACUUCAUUGCAGUCUAAAGUGUGCCACUGUGCAUUAAACGUGCCUGCCUGCCAGUUGUAGGCGUUUAGAGAAAUGUGUUGUUGCACAUGAUGAGCACUCAUGCUAUUAGAAGCCGGAAGAGUUGAAACUACUUCGUCAUUAUAUUACAAUGCAACACAAGGGUGGGUUUCUAAACAUUGCAUAUGUGUGUGUUACACGGUGUGGAUAAUUAUUUGUAAUAUAAGAGGACAUUUUAUGGUGCCAUAUUUUUGGAUAAAUCAAAUGGCAAAUCAAACGUUAAGUUAUAGCCAAUUUUACAAUGGCACAUGUACCGAUGUUACUUGUUUGGAAGAACGUUGAGAGCAACGUUUCUCAACUUUGGUCUGUGCGACAUCGCACAGUCCGCUCUUUCGUGAUUGCUAACCUCUUGUAUUCACAUGCAAAUUAAACCGCUGCACGCACCGUUUGCACCUGAUGGUUGGCAAUCACAGAAGGCUGUACCGUGUGCAUGGGCGAGGAUUGGAGAGUUUAAGAAACUCUGGUUUAGAGGACUGGGUGGCAGGCGGUCAGCACCGCCCCAGUUUGUCUGAAGCCAGCUUGUGCUGCGUGCAAGUGGGAUGUGAGAAAGGUGUGGACUGUUUUUUGUUUUUGCCAAAUAUAAUUGUUUAAUGAUCUCUCUAAAAACGGGGCAGUGCCCAUGUUGAGCGUGUCGUCAGCCCUUUUUAAAACAGUUUCAAUUUUUAUGUUUUUAUUUCAUUAUGAACUUAAUACACACUUAUGCUAUAACAGCACAGCUUUUAUAUAUAUACUUAUAUUAUAUAUUCAAAAUAUCCAAUAUCAAUACCAAAAGGAAUUUUUGUUUAUUAUACAUAGCAUUUCGUUCGUGUAUGUGACCUGUUGGAGCAGAAUUGGAUGAUAGUGGGUUGUGUGCCUUUUGUUAUCAUGGAGAAUGGGACCAAAUAAAGGUUAUAACGUGA